AUGAUGUAUUUUUAUCUUGGUGUUUAUUAUCUGUUUAUUUUCUGGAUACAGGGUGGUGAAACAGAUCCUAUGACUAUCGGGGCUUCCUCUACCACUGUAUCACCAGGAGAAAUUUAUAAUAUCACUUGUCAUGCUGGUUAUAAAAGUUUUAAGUGGAAAAAAAAUAACAACUUUAUCGUUAACCAGACGUGUCAAUUUGAAAAAGACGUGAAAGAAGGAGAAUAUCAUUGUGUCUCUAAUGAAUCCACUAGUCAUCAGACUGGUUACGUACUCACAUUACAAGUUAAUGCUGAACUUUCUCCAGGAAGAGUACAAUGGUAUUGUGUUCACCCCGAUGGCUAUAAUAAAUCCCUUAACAUCACAGUAGAGAAUCACGAUACUAGGUCAAGGGGACGAACUCAUAACGGUAAAACACCAUCACCGACACAAUCUUCACGCCAAGUAAAUAAACCAUCAUCAUCUAGUUCAUCUCCCGGUCAGCCACCAGUCUCUAGCAACAAUAAUGUCCACAAACAACCAAAGAAUUUUAACAUCAUUCUUAUAGCUAUCUGCUGUGCUGUGGUUGUUUUGGUUUUGGUUAUCACCUUGAUCGCCGUGCUGUUUCUGUAUAGUAAACUAAAAAAAGAUCGGGCUAAGCGAGGGUCAACAAGACCAAUAGCCCGAGAACCAAGGGGAUUUCCAGCUGAAGGUAACUACGAUGAUAUUGAUAACCUACCACCACCAAAAUAUGACUGGACUGUUCGCGAUGAUGACUUUGUUAGUCUUCAUGAUACACUUGAUGCUGAUGGUGUACCUGAAAGUUCCAACCCUAAUUUCGAUGCCAGUUUGUUGUAUGGGGUUGUAAUGAAGGGUCCUGUUGCUGACCCCAUGGCUUCUCACAUAGGAGGCGAAGCUGAAAAAAGUAACCCGAAUUUUGAUGCUGAUAGAGUGUACGGGGUGGUCGAUAAAUCUGCGAAAUGCCAAUACCCGGUUUUCGACUCUAAAAUAGAGAAUGUGUAUGCCAACCAGUAA